CGGUGGCAGGUAAAUAAACAAGAACUUCUGUCGCCCUGAAAACACUUGCAGCGCACACACAACAGGCACUCAGAACAUAGAACACAGAGCACACAGAACAUUGUGAAAAGAUUCGCGAGACAAAAAGGCCGCUCGAAAUGGCCGUGUGUUAGAUGGGUUUGCUGUGCGCCAAGCUGCGCGGCUGCUGUUGGCGAACCUCCUCGCCAGCGGGGAUGGAGGAAUUCCAGGUGCUGAUUUUGGGACCCGCGGCCAGUGGCAAAACGGAGCUGGGCCAUCGCCUGAGCAGAUCUCCGCGAGCCUCGGACGACCAGGAGGCCACCAAUGGAGUGCGUUGCUAUCGCCUUUCGUUGCCGGACCGGGCGGCGGAACUCCAGCUGACCGAAGUGGGUGGCAAUGCGGAGAUGCAGCGCCUGUGGAAGCACUACCAUGCCACCUCGCAUGCCCUCAUAUACUGCUUCGAUCUGGGCGCGGAUCCGGAGGAGCUGCAGGCCACAUUUAUGCUGCUAAGCGAUUGCCUGCUUGGCACUCAGCUGGCCGGCAAACCGGUGCUCCUGGUGGCCUCCCGCCACCGCGACGGUGUCCAGCUGUAUGACGUGGAGUAUGCCUUCGGACUGGAGGAGCUGGCCCAGUCCUGCGGAUGUCCUCUGCUCAUCUGCCACAUGGACGAUGCCGACGAUCUGCAGCGGGGACUACGAUGGCUCGUCCACCAGCUGCUGGCCAGGAAAUCGCAGCUGGAGCAUCGCAUUCGAUACGAUGUCAAUAUGCAGGUUUGGCAGCGUCGAAAGCGAUCGCUUUUAUCCAGCGGUAAAUUAGCUCAAGUUCAUGGACAGCGUUUUCGGCGGCAGGCCAGAAAGAUAAUGCCGGCAAUACAAGGAUUCGGUGGCACGGCGAUGCGUCCCAAAACAGCUCCGCCGAACAUUUUUGUUGUGAAUUCGCAGCUGGAGGAAAGUCACACAGUUUAGCAAAAGUGAUCGCGAGCGCAUUUAAAGUGCCAAAAACCAUUAUAGUGUUUACCAGAGGCUACUUUUGCCAUUCAUAGACUUUAAGCCAUUAAUCAAGUUUAAUAACUGUGACAUAGCUAAGUUUAAUAAAAUGGCAUUU